AUGCGCCUCCCGUCGUGGCUAGUAUGGUAUAAGAAACCCGAGUAUCGGGAUAUCAGGGAAUACUCGACCGCAGUCGGCACAGGAAGGCGCCCAAUCAGUCCUGAUGGCCGUGGCAAAACCGCCAUCCCGAGUCGUCUCAGCCUCGAAAAGGUCCUCGCCAAUGAGACAUGUAGCCCGAUGUCCCUCUACGACUUUUACAUGUAUCUUAAGCACAUCGAAUACUCACCCGAGAACCUCGAGUUUUACGUCUGGUUCAAGAACUAUGAGUCGAGAUUCGUCAAGCCAAAGCAGGCUGGAACGGGAAGCCUCAAGGAGAAGGAUACUCAGUCGCUCCUCGCCACGACCGUAACCGAAACCGAAGUCGAGCGUGUGUCCUCUGAAAAUGGCGCUGAUUUGUCCUAUGAUCCGGAGCUGGCCAAGGAAACCCUCGGCCAAAUCGAACUUCUCAUUGGUAGCGCUGCCAUGUGCACAAUGAACGGAUGCAACAACAAGCCCACCAUCACCGACCGCGUCAAAGCCUUCGCCGCCAACGUCACGGGCAACGCCGGCACCAGCUCCGGCAACUCGAGUUCGACCAACCUCGCCGAGGCCGACCACCGUGCCGAAAUCACCGCCAUCGUCGGCCUCUUCCUCGUCCCCGGCGCAGAGAAGGAGUUGAACAUCCCGCCCGCCAUGAGAGAGCUGGCCCUCAACCAGCUCCUACACUCCACGGACCCCGAGCACCUCCGCCCCGUCGCAGACCACGUUUACCUUCUUCUAAGGAACUGUUCUCAUCGCAAUUUCGUCCGCCUUGGCGUCUCCAACGGAACGUACGAGACUGUUUGUGUGGCUACCGGACUCGGCAUCGUGCUCACCUGUGCCGGCUUCCUAUACAUGCUCGUACGGGGUCUUGCUCCUCACAUCGGAAAGCACAGCCAAUGGGACGCAUUCGGCGCCUGGCCUAUGUGGUGGCUCGGUAUGACUCUGAUCCUCUCUGGCCUCCGAGGCAGCUGCUUCUUUCUCCUGCUCUUCACCCGCCGUCAACCUCUUCCUUGGGAACGCUUCGACGACAGCGCUUCUAUGAUCUCCCAGCGGUCUGCCAUUGUCAAGAGACUCUCCCGCCUAAUGAUCUUUGACCGCAAGUUCAGAGUCAAGGAUGCGAGUCUUAGGCAGCUACAACACAAGAUUGUCAUCCAGAGCAUGAUUGGCGGUGCCAUUUUCGCUACGCUCUCGACGCUGGUCUUCCUGUUCCUGCCCAUGUGGAAGCAAACUGUGGAUGGCUACGCAGGUUAA